AAUAGGAGCAUCGGAACUUCAGUAACGAUUUUUAGGUUACUUCGAGUAUCAACGUAUUCCGUUGCUGCGUCCGCAGGAUACCGAUAAAAUGUCCAGAAGGAAUCCCGGCGACGAUUAUAGAAAAGGGUCAAGUGUCUACAGAGCGGAGGACUUGAGAGAGGAUGACAGGGAUGGUAGGGAUCGCUCGCCUCUCAGGCCGGAAGAACGCUGUGAAUCAGUCGACUAUCAUCAACCGGACGCGAAGAAACAGAAGUUGGCAUUCGGCUUUGGGAAAAAGACCGGUGGUAGCGAGCAGAAGAAAGGAAUACAAAUCAAACUAGGUUCAGCCUCUAAACCAAUUGUGAAAGCAGCGACAGUACCAAAACCAACAGUGGCCUCGGUGUUCAACGCAGACGACGAUGACGAGCCGGAGGAGAUGCCGGCCGAAGCGAGGAUGAGGAUGCGAAACAUCGGCCGCGAGACGCCAACGUCAGCUGGACCGAACUCGUUUGGCAAAACGAAGCAGGGAUUCUGCGAUUCGAAAAAGAUUUUCGAGAAAACUCUGAAGAAGGCGAUGGAGGAGGCAAAUAAAUGAUUUUCCAAUGUACAAUAUAUCUACUCGGGAAUUACUCGUCAACUUGUACAUUAAUUUUAUAUAAUUCAUUCUAAUUCUAUUAGAAUCGUUCUUGCUGGUUGAACGCAGAUAUUUUUAUGGAGUGUGUAAGUACUUUAUCAGCGCAGGAUUCAGACUUUACUCAAAUUUCGCUCUGUUUUAGAGCGAAGCCUCGAGUUGCGAAUUUAGGAAGAUAUUAGCAAAUAUUUAGAUCGCGUGCUCUGUCUCUGUGCAAAUAAUGUUCAAUAAAUGUAUACAUGAUGUAGACACGA